AUGAUUCGUGAUAAUACAAGGGACCUGGGAGAGCCCGUCGGGCCUACCAGGAUUUCGCAUUGGCGCCUUCUAAUUGACCAAGGCGUUGUCACGGAUGAGAUUCUAAAUCAUACAUUUGCUGGAUCGGGGACUGAAGAUGACCCUUAUCUUGUCACUUGGAUUCCCAACGAUCCACGCAACCCGAUGACCACACCGGUGAUAAUGAAAUGGAUCUACACCAUGGGGAUGGCGUUUGCUACUUUGGCGGUGUCCUUAGUUUCCUCUGCCUAUACUGGGGGCAUCGAUCAGAUUAUUGAAGAUUUCCAGGUCAGCGCCGAGGUCGCCAUCUUGGGUGUGUCCAUGUAUGUGUUGGGAUUUGCCAUAGGUCCUUUGUUCUGGGCACCCAUGAGCGAACUUUGGGGACGGCAGAGGCUGUUUGUUAUCAGCUAUUUAGCAUUGACGGUGUUCAAUGCCGCUGCGGCAGUGUCUAAGAACAUCCAGUCCCUAGUUAUUUUUCGCUUCUUAUCAGGCACCUUUGGCUCUUCUCCUCUCACCAACGCUGGCGGAGUUAUCGCAGACUUAUUUCCCGCCAGCCAACGCGGCAUCGCAAUGAGUGUGUUUGCAUGUGCUCCCUUCCUGGGCCCUGUUAUCGGGCCUGUGGUUGGCGGUUUCGUGGGCAUGAAUGUCGGAUGGCGAUGGGUGAUGGGCGUUCUCGCAAUCUUCUCUGGGGCUCUUUGGAUCAUAGGCACGGUGUUGGUACCAGAGACCUACGGCCCCGUCCUCCUUCAGAAGAGGGCAAAGACGUUAUCCAAGAUCACGGGGAAAGUCUACCGAAGUAAGGUUGAGGUAGAACAAGGAAAAAAGUCACUCUAUAGUGCACUGAAAAUGGCGCUAUCCCGCCCCUGGCUCCUUCUCUUUCGGGAACCUAUCGUUCUUUUACUAUCAAUUUACAUGGCGAUCGUCUACGGUACCCUCUAUAUGAUGUUUGCUGCAUUUCCUAUUGUGUACCAAGAGUUGAGGGGCUGGAACCAAGGGGUUUCAGGGCUGGCAUUCCUGGGAAUGAUGGUCGGGAUGAUGCUUGCUAUUAUUUACACCCUCUUCGACAACAAAAGGUAUAUCGACACGCAAAAGGCUCACGGUGGAUUUGCUCCCCCAGAAGCUCGCUUGCCUCCAUGCUUGGUUGCGUCAAUUGCAAUCCCAGUCGGCCUCUUUUGGUUCGCUUGGAGCAACUCGCCUUCCAUACAUUGGAUGGCUAGUGUCGCGGCUGGCGCCCCGUUUGGGUUUGGCAUGGUCUUGGUUUUCCUGAGCCUGAUGAACUAUCUGAUCGAUGCCUACACUAUUUUUGCCGCCUCCGUGCUUGCUGCCAAUUCUGUUCUCCGUUCCCUCUUCGGAGCGGUGUUCCCGCUCUUUACAACCUACAUGUACCAAGACCUGGGGAUUCACUGGGCAUCAAGUGUUCCGGCAUUUUUGGCGCUUGCAUGUGUCCCCUUCCCAUUUUUGUUUUACAAGUAUGGGGCAACAAUACGUACGCGGUGCAAAUACUCGGCCAAAUCAGAUGCCUUCAUGAAACAUCUCAUAGAGGAGGCUGUCAGAGAUUCGCGGGGGCCAGAGUCGGACAGUGAAAGCAAGGUGAACCUUCCUAUGCGCGACGAAUUUGAGGAUGAGCAUGUUGGUCCCGAUGCUGGAAGUCGCACACCUGGCCGGGAUGGAUAUGGCCGUGCACGCUCUGUUGUGUCCCAUAAGUCGCACCACUCCGAGGUCAUUACAACUCAAACUGUGUACGAUGCAAACCCGUAUGAUAUUGACCGGGUGAACACUCGCGAAUCCUUCAAAGACUAG